AUGACUCCCACGCAGUCUGACGAGCACCCGGCGGCGGGAAUCUCCCGCGUGAAGUCCUUUCUAGGUUGUGCUUACUGCACUGAAGCCUUUCCGGACAAGGCCCAGCUGCAAGUGCACAUCAAGAUGGUUCAUCAAGGCCAGGAGUUUCGGUGUGUUCCUGCUCCCCUGCCCUCACGUGAGCUGCGCAUGCUGCACAAGUCGCCAGCAGCUGCCAUUUCUUCUAGUAUCCCGCUGUCAGAGGUCAAUCGGCAUUGCAUUCCAGAGGAUUGUUGGGUUGCUCUAAACGGCAAAGUCUAUGACCUGUCGGAAUUUAUGGACCGUCACCCAGGAGGUCCUACCACCAUUCUCGCCUGGGCGGGGAAGGACGCCAGCAAGUUCUUCAACGACAUCCACAAAGGAGUCAAAAUUGAGCAGUACUUGAGGCCUGAGUCCUUCCUCGGCAAGUUGGGUGUGGAUGAGAAUCUUAUGUCCGAGUCUUUCUGGCACACGCUGCGGGAAGCACGCGUUGUGGAAGUGAGGGAAGAGUUGGAUCGUCUUCUGAGCCAGGUCUCAGGUCGGAGCAAGGCCGACAGCAUUCCUCGUCUCUUACAGGAUAAGAGCUUAAAUCCAGAGCUCAGGGCCAAGCUGCAGCACUUGGAGACGCAAAAGCGGGUGGCGCUGGACUCUGAAGACUACGUGAAGGCUGCUGGCAUCAAAAAGUCUAUCAAAGCCCUCCUCUUAGAGCAGGACCACGUUCAUCUUCAUGAAGUCCCACUUUCCGGGAAGAGCUUAAGCGGCUUGAGGGGGGGCAUCCCACUUUCAGAGGUGGAGCACCACAACAAGCCACAUGACUGUUGGAUUGCUUUGAAUGGUGCCGUCUACGAUUUGACGGAUUUCCUCCUGCACCACCCGGAGCAGCGCAAUGCCAUUCUGGCCUGGGCUGGGCGCGACGCCACACCCAUGUGGAGCAAGAUCCCAGGACGGUUUCCGAGUGCAAACUGGAUGGAGUUCUAUAUGCGGCCGGAGUCGCGAAUGGGGGACAUUGGCGAAGAGCCUGCAGUCGAUCCAACCAUCGAGCAACUUCGGCAGUUGCAGGAUGAGUUGCGCAAGCUUGAAGGACCAUCUACGGAAGAAAUUGAAGCAGCGAAGGCAGCAGCUCAAAAGGUUCCCGGGAAGGAUGUGCCAACCUUAGGAGAGGAGCUUCGGUUCCCGAAGCUUGCCGAGAUCUCAGCUGGCCGCGAGCUGCCCUUCUUCACUCGUGCGGAGGUUGCUCAGCGCUCAAACACUCAGGAGGAGCUUUACAUGAUUAUCCACAAUCGGGUCUACAAUGUGAAGUCCCUCCUGGGCAGCCAUCCUGGUGGCGACGACGUAUUGCUGUCCAAAGCAGGCACCGACGUGACCAAGGACUUUGAGGUGUUUGAGCACUCCGAGAAAGCUCGAGUCCAGCGCGACCGCGACAUGCUUGUGGGUCAGCUGUUGCCGGGAGAGAGCUCUGAUUGGAAUGCGCAGUCUACUGUCGCGCAGGUGGUGGGGAAAGCAUCUUCAGAUGUCAAGCGGUAUAUCCGGCACAAGGCCCUUGAUGCCACCAUUGUUGCUGUGGGCUGGUACCUUUACAAAACCCUGCAGAGUCGCAAGCCACUGUCACAGUUCACCUACAGCCGAGCCUUGCGACACCUGCACCUCAUCAUGGCAGUGGGCAUCUUUGGUGCUGUCGGAACAGCUCAGGCAGCCUCCAGAACCGAAGGGCAGACUCGGAAACAAUUCUUGUGGUUCCAUAAGCAAGCAGGCAUUGCCAUGCUAGUUGCCCUUUUUGCUCGUGUCUUCUUCCGUUUGCGCAGCGGCAUCCCGCCCCGCUUCCCCGGGCACCCACUUGUGCAGCUGAUUGAGACUCAAAGCCUGCGUGCGUUCUACGGCUUCGCUCUUCUGCUCCCAGUCUCCGGCAUCGCCAACGAAUAUUUCCUCAAGUGGGCUCCAGGCUCCGCGGCGAGCGGAUCUGAGGAGGAUGACCGAAGAAAUGACCGGCUGGCUAAGCAAUCCAUUGAAGUGCACAAGGUUUUGGGCAAACUCCUGCAAUAUGCUUGGCUGCCUUUCCACUUGGGAUACACGACGAUGUACCACUAUAGCCAGGGGCGCGGUCGUGAGGAAGGUCUCGCCCUUCAUUUGACUUCAUUUGGGCUGCUGCUGAACAGCUACAGUUACGGCCACCAUGCCGUCAUGCAGGAGGUGCUUCGAUUCGUACGCAGUGCGGCCGAGCCAGGUAUGGCCUGGUUGCCCGCCCAUGAGACCUUUGUGGAUGCACGGUUGAGCAUCGGCCAAGAUCAGCUCGAGCUGCAGACGCUGGGGACUGGCAGGCCACCAGUGAAGAUCUGCCUGGGCUACCUGAGGUCGGCCUGCGUCGCUUCGAAAGCUCAGACGCACGGUUGCACUCGACGACUUGACCUCAGGAUUCCGUACCCCUCAGGGCUCAGCAUAAACUGGGUGGACUUCGCCGUUUUCCUGGAGUUCUUUGAUCUGACACAGGCUAUGGAGCUGCGAACCGAGUGUGUGCUUCUCAGCGGUGACGUCGAGGUUGCUGCGCGCGCACGAGAAGCGGUGGCAACGCUGACGUCCCCGGACGUCUUGAUUGCACUGAAGCUCUGGCGUGCUGGCUCUUCCUUGCAGCUUUCGCGGCUGCCUUCGCACCGGACUCGCAGUCCGUCGGAGGUGGGUGCUGGUUGCACAGGACUGUCGUUCUCGGCUUUCUGGCAAGAUGCCACUGCCAGUGUCUGGGAACUUCUGAACUCACCAGCCUUGCUUGGGAUCAAGCCGGACCCGAACCUGGCCGCAGGCUGGGAUGCCCCGAUGCCUUAUGGUAGCGCCGCUGACCGCCUGGAUGGAGAAGCCGAGCUGUCAGCUCGCUGGAAGAAGGUGCUCGGAGACCGAGUGCCUGCAGAGCUGACGCGGAGCGAGCUGCGGGCUCUCUUCAUUUUGGGCCACCGCAUCCCUUGGCAGUACAGGCUGGUGCUUUGGCCAACAUGGCUUCAUGUUGCACAGGAAGGCAACGAGCCGCUGGAAGAAGGCAUGCUGUGUGCUGAAGAAGCUUGUCAGAAGCAGAUUGAGAAGGACGUCCCAAGGACGCGGCCUGCAGACCUCAAUGAUAGCCAGCGGGCGGUGCUCAGCCGUGUACUCCGCGCCUUUGCAAUUCUUCGACCGCAGGUUGGAUAUUGUCAAGGUCUGAAUUUUGUAGCUGCAGUUCAGCUGCUCGUGGGCUUCACCGAGAAACAAGCGCUGGGUGGUCUCCGCGCGCUCACUGACGCGUUCUGCUUUGGGUAUUAUGAAGAGUCGAUGAGCGGCCUUUUGCGAGACGUUGCUGUCCUUGAUGCGCUGCUGCUCCACCUACUGCCAAAAAUCCACGCGCGUUUUGCAGAGGUGGAUCUGCCCCUGAUCUGGAUCGCCACAGAGCCGCUGCUGACCUUGUUUUCGCGUGAGUUGAAGCCCAUUGAAAGCAUCUGCAGACUCUGGGACUUCUUCCUGAUUGAAGGGGUCUGUGCCCCGUUCGCUGUCUUUCUUGCCUAUGCUGAGCUGGCCUUUGAGCGAAAUCUGCUCACCGGAGCAGCUGCCGAGGAUUCACUAGGAGCCUUCAGGCUGCUGCUGGGUGAUUCCAGCGCCAUCGCAGGUAACAUUCUACGUCGCGCAGCGUUCUUCCUUGCUCCACGGCCUUUCGGCAGUGGCCUCAAUGAGUCGCUGUUGCAGACCCUUCGCGAGGAGGCAGCCGGGGCGUGCCAGUUGGUUCAUGGCUGA